UUAUCAAAAUCGGUCAAAAUGUGGAAAACCUGUUUCUUAGGCUUGCUGGUGUUCGGGGUGUGUGGCGCAGUGUGUCCUAUGGGCUUCGUUCAGCACGGGACGUCAUGUUACAUGCCAUUUCAUAUUAAAGCGUCUUGGUCAGAGGCUAACUACUACUGUAGGAUGAUACAGUCAUCGCUACUGACCAUUGACGACGCCAGCGAGGAACAGUUUAUAACAGGAUACUUAGGUAGACUUGGACCAGCUGCGUUUUCGAGCGAUUCACUAUGGCUUGGAGGAACCAGUCUAUUUUCUGGAAACUGGAUUUGGACGCAGACUCAGUCCAGUCCUGUCUACACAGCCUGGGCUCCCAAUGAACCGUCCACCCACCCUCUAAACAAAUGCAUGGCCAUAGGAUUCAAGUCUCAGUUCAAGUGGACAGCAAAUGUCUGUGAACAACUGAACAAUUUUAUUUGCGAGUCUCCGUAA